GUUCCUCAAUCUGAGCUAGAUAUUGACUUGGUGAAGACAAUUCUUGGGGAGUACAAGAUGCACAAUGCUGACAUUGUCCUCCGCUCCGACUGUACGGCGGAGGAACUGAUCGAUGUGGUGGAGGGGAACCGUGUCUACAUCCCGUGUAUAUACAUCCUAAACAAGAUCGACCAGAUCUCUAUAGAGGAACUGGACAUUAUCUACAAAGUCCCUCACUGUGUGCCUAUCUCGGCCCAUCACAAGUGGAACUUUGACGAUUUACUGGAGAAGAUGUGGGAAUACCUGGGACUCGUCAGAAUUUACACCAAGCCCAAAGGUCAGCUGCCGGACUACACAUCACCUGUAGUGGUCAAGAUAGACAAGUGUACAGUGGAGGACUUCUGUAACAAGCUGCACAGAGCCAUCAUCAAGGAGUUCAAAUAUGGCCUAGUCUGGGGGUCCUCGGUCAAGCACCAGCCACAGAAAGUAGGGAAAGAGCACACGCUUCAUGACGAGGACGUGGUACAAGUUGUCAAGAAAGUGUGAUCGUAAGCAACCUGUGACAUAUUUAUCUGAUGUUUGAAAUUACUUCAUUACCAACCCUGAACUUAUCACAUUGACACAGUACAUUUGCAAAGAUAAAGUGAUUAAUUUUUUCUGAUUACCAAAACUGAUACCCUAUAAAGAUUAUUGUUAUGAAUGAAAAAGGGAAAAUUUUGACUCAGCUAUGAAAUCAGAGGCCAGAUUGUGGAGUUACUGGUGCAGUGUAUUUGUUUUGACGCUGUGUCUAGGUGAUGACUAAAAAGAUAUGGAUGCCAUGUUAUUAACGGACACCAAACACUCAACAUUCUGGGAAUUUCAUGUUUGUGAACAGAACAAACCAAUCCAUGUAUUAAAACUUUAAAGCUUUUGACCUCUGUAUGCAAUUAUUCAUGAACCGUCUCUGGUGCAUUUGUCUUUCACAUUGUAUCUCUUGGCAAUUACUGGUAUACAAUUGAAUAAAGAGAAAAAUUAA